AUGUUAGAAAGAUUAUUUGUUGAAUUACAAGAAUCUGGUUCAGACUAUGUUAUUAUGGGGGAUUUCAACCAAAAUAUCCUGGAGGGUCAUUUGUCUAUACUAAAUUGUUUUCAAAAAUUUGGUUUUCAACAAUUUGUUCAGCAUUACACUACUGAAGUUGUAUUCAGUACAAGUUAUGAAUGUUCCCCAGUUGCCUAUCAAAGAACAAAAUGUAACAUAACCAGACAAUCCGAACUAAAUACAUUAGUUUGGAAUAAAGAUGAUAUUUUCCAAUUUUCUUCGGCAUAUCAAGCUUCCAAUUCGUGUAUUAAAAAUCCACCAACUACAGAAUAUGCUGAAUAUUGUUUCGAAGAUUCGCCAAAUUACAUUUUCAUCCUUGAAAUACUUAAACCAGAAAAUCAUGACGGGAAGCCAGAUGAUUUAACCAGAGAUGAUUUAACAACUAAUAUACCAGAUAACACAACUGGAGAUACUGUUGAUGUAUCAGUUAGUGUCCCUUGUAGCAAACCACAACCAACAUUUAUUUGGAACAUUAACUAUUCGAAAUCCAAAAGUCCUCAUACUAUAGAAAAUAGCCAAAUAUCAACCGACAAUACUGGAUGUACGUCUCCUCUAUUGAAACGAUUGUCUUCACUGAGUGUUAAUCUGAAUGAUUUGGAUCCUGAAAUUACCAAGGCAAAUGGUGAUAUUGACAUUUCAGUCGACGUCAAAUUUGGUGAUUAUAAAACAGUUUCUAGUGUACCAGUCACACUUAAAUAUAUUGCACAAGGUUCACCAUCACCGUCAACUCCCUCACCAUCGACUCCUUUACAAACCACUUCUUCACCAUCAAAUUCUUUAAUAAACGUAACUUCGGAAUCUUCCACAUCUACAACCCCAACUCCUGUGUGUGAUAAUCUUAUUUGUGAAUGUGAUAUAAUAUGUAUCAUUAUCAUCAUCUCUGUAUGUGUAGGAAGUUUGAUAGUUGUAGUUGUGAUUAUAAUUUGUUGUUGUUGUUGCUCUUUUUGUCCGUGUUACAAACGUAAUGAGGAAAAUCGCGACGGAACAGAAUGUAAAUGUUGUUGUCUAAUCUGUGUAUGUUGCAGGCGUAAUAAUAACAAGCACGAUGAGGAGUCCGAGGGAAGAGAAAAAGUGUGUGAAUGCUGUUGUUGCCCAUUCUGUCUGUGUUUCAAGCGUAAUAAGAAACCUAGUGGCCGGAAACACAAUCAAAAUGCGACGAAAAGUGAGUCUAGAUCUCAACAGUACGAAAUGAAUAGAACCAAUCGUCCAAAUCAAAUGCACCCUGGUUCAAAUUAUCACAUUCGUCGUCCAGAUCACCGAACUCGUACAUAUCAACCUGCUUCUGCUACCCAAUUCGCCCAUCCUAAAGAAUAUUAUUAUGGACAAGGAUACAAUAAUGCGGCUUUCGUGUAUUAUGGUGAAAGUGAACUAAGAAGGGAUAUGGAUAGAAAACCACGUGUAAAUCAACGACCACUUACCAAUUAUUACUAA